UUACAGCAGGGAGUGACCAAACACUUCUUUCAUUUAUCUACAAAAACCUGAUGAAUAGUAACUCAUUUCCCCUUCAAAGCACAUCCUGGAAAAUGUAGAGGAUCACUGAGAUGGUUUAAAUUAUCCUGAUUACCCAAUGAAAUCCCAAGUUUAAGAAUAACCUCCUCUCAGUUGGAAAUGCAGUAAUCCAUCUGGAGAAGCCAAUUAAUCAGUAACAGAUAGACAGUGGUGUUACCGGAUAGACCCCCACAGAACCAGUGUUACAGUUAAUUUUCUACAGUUAUGCCUGGCUGUGUUUAUAUUUAACACGAUUUACCAGACAUUGUCAUUCUCAUUCCAUAAAGAAUAGUGAUGCCCAAAGAGGAGUUGAGCUCUUCUUAGUCUGGUUUAAUACCCAAACCUGGUUAAAUGUUCCAGAGAAGGCUCUGAAGUCUGGAACCGCUUUGAGUAUGUUAAAUGCAACUCAUGGUGACCAUUUUUCGAAGCAGGUGGAAGGUUUUUUAAGAUUGAUGAAUGAGAUUUUCUCGCCUUCCGGGCAGCCAUUAGUUUCCAUUCAUUUCAGCACAGAAUAAAAAUCAACUUGCAGAGACUUGAAACUUGCUUGAAAAAGGUAAUCCAUCACAGCAAGCAGCACGUCCUCUUUUAUUUCUGUCGAACUUAUUGUUGUGUGGUGAUGCAGGUCAGAACAGAGGCUGCUCAGAAAACUUUCCCCUUGUUGCAAUCGUACAUCAACAUAAAAACUAACGUGGCAGUCGUGCAUGGCUUCUUUCUUUCCUUUCUUUUGCUCUCAUUCUCUCGUUUCCCCUUCUUCCUUCCCCCUCUCUCUGACUUGGUGUUUUCCUCUCCUGUCAGUCAUUUUUCUUGCACCAUUAAGGAGUCGUGACUGGACGAAAGGAUGGAGGGAUGGAUGCAGGGACUCGAGGAUGGAGGGAUGGAGGGUGGGGAUUGGAGAGAGAGGGAGGAAAAAAAACGGAUGUGUCGUGACGCUCGGAUUCACCUCUCUGCUCUGCGGCACCAGACGGCGUCGUUAGGAAGCAGGAAGGACGGCACAGCAGCAGCAGACGGCAGGCUGGUCCAGGUUCAGGGGAGCAGAGAGACGUGAAACCAAAUAUGGGGAGGAGGAGGUGUGUUCGGACCGUUUGGACACCGACUUCCCGGACAUCGACCUCUCCCAGCUGGACACCAGCGACUUCGACAGCGUCAACUGUCUCAGCGAGCUGCAGUGGUGCAACGAUCAGCCUGCGGACGCAUCACCAGCGUCCAUCCACUACAGUACGGCAGAUGAGCUCUUCGAGAUAGAAGAGGAGAACGCGGCUCUGCUCGCCGCUCUGACCGACAGUUUGGAUGGCAUGGUGGACGCCGAGGUGGGCGGGCUCUCCGUCUUCCCCGCCCUGGAGGAGGAGCCCGACCAGGAAGAGGAGGAGGAGGACAGCCUUCCUCUCAGCGCUGAGGACUUCAGCCAGUCCCUGGGGGCCGAGACAGAGGACCCAUCACUACUGAAGAAGCUGCUGCUGACUCCUCCUAACGUUCCCACGGGCACCGACGCACACAAAGAUGGAGUCCACAGCCAUCGCUAUAGCAACAGAAGCCUGCACAUACGGCCGGUCAGACCUCUGGUCAAGAGUGACCUCCCUCAGGAGCGGAAGCCUCGGACGGUGCGUCCAGCGGGGCGCCUCUGCACCGAGCUCCACCGCCACCUCACCACCGCCCAGGACACAGAGGAGUUCCUGGCCCCCGACACAGAGGAAGACGAAGAGGAAGAGGAGGACGAGGACAGUGAGUCGGAGGAGGAUGAAGAGGAGGAGGAGGAAGAAGAGGAGGAGUCUUCCAGCAGCGAGGUGGAGGGCGCAGCGGCUGUGGCUGCUGUCCCUGCUGAGCCAGCUAAGCCUCAGUUCAGCUCAGAGAAAGAACUGCACUCGGUGGUGGAGCUGAUCACAUACAUGCACACCUACUGCCUGCCCACACGGAAGCAGCAGGGCUGGGAGCGCAAGGACCUCACGAGGUCCCGGGCCCGACCCGAGGCCUCGCGCCCGGCCGCCACAAACUCUCACAGUAGAGUUGUCUUGGUGGCCACUCCUGGGACUAGUGGGGGCUUGACGGGGACUGGAAAUAGCGCCCCCAGGAGGCUCCCCUUUGCAAGGCGGAGGGAGAUGAAGGCCAACUCCCUCCUCCGUGAGCUCCUGCAGCAGAGCACCUCUUUCGAUGUGAGUAAGCCUUACAGACUGCACAGCCCUCCCUACACCCACUCCCACAGCCCCAACAGAGGAAUAUCUGCUCCUUCUGCCCUGGCUAAAUCAACCCCAGCCCAGUCCCCCAGCUCCACCACCCCUAAGCCAGAGCUUCGUAAAGACUCUUCCUCCCCUGAGAGGAGAAACUACUCCUCUGAGGCGCCUCAAAGACCAGAGGAGACGGCAGAAGACGGUGGCUCCUUCUCAGUUCGCCGUUCCCGGCGUCUGGCCUCUUUCCCCAGCCGCUUCGCCAAGAGGCUGCGGCCUGGACGGGCGAGGGAAGGAGAGGGGAAAGACAAACAGGAGAAAGACGAGAGACGAGCGGGGGUCAAACUCCUGCCAACCCAAGUCGGAGGGGGAACCACGACAGAGGCGCAGCCAGAGCCGUUAACGUCCAGUGAUAGCAGCAUUGGUACAACGGAGCCGACCAAACCCUGCUGCCACAACGAAAAGCGAGCCUGCCUCUGCCUGCCUCUGAACCCCAAGUCCACAGGAGAGUCCCAGUACAGCACCAAGCCUUUUGAACAGACGCUCAGUGUGGAUCUGUGUGGAACGGCAGGUCUCACACCUCCCACCACCCCGCCUCACAAACCAGUGGAGGAUGAACUCUUCAAGCCGGCAGAGGGAGGAAAGGGCGGCAGUGGAGGAGCAGGCGGUGGCAGCAGUGGAGAUGGUGGAGGAGGUGGUAGCAGUGAGUCUGUUCAUCCAGCUUCAAACACCAACGUUGCCACAAAAGGCUGGCUGAACCGUGCCCACCACCAGAGGAAGCUUCCAGAGCAGACGGAGUUGUACGCCCAGCUACGGCGCAUGGGCCAGGCUGGUGAUGGUGACAUUCACCGCAACUUCGGCGACCAUGACUACUGCGCACUGAGCCUUGGGGAGAGCCGUAAACGCAGUGCUGCUGUACUUGGCGCCAUCUUGCAGGCACAAGGAGGGAGCGAUGGAGUUGGCGCCGUGGCAUCCAAAGCAGCUGACGAUCAGGUAUCUGAUGGGAAGGAGAAGGUGGAGAGGCUGGUGAUGUCAGAAACAGCGGAAGUGAAGGAGCAGCAGACGACCGUGGUGAUAUCGUCGUCGCUGCCGUCAGACUGCCAGUCUGCAGUCACCACACCACCGGCCUCAGAGGAAGAGGUGGAGCGCUCGUUGGCAUCACGUUCACCCUCGCCCAUCCUCCACCUGUGUCCCGACUCCCCCGCCAGCAAGACAGACUCCAGUGAGAACUCAGAGAUCUGUCCUGAUGACAAGCAGAGGAACAAAGCCAAGUCUGACGAGGACAACUGCCAGGUGUUUUACAUCCACAACCUGCCGAGCAGCGUGACCCAGAACAUGCUGAGGAAACGCUUCCAGGUUUUCGGCAAAGCAGAGGACUGCAAAGUCAUCAUCUGCAAUGAGGAGCGCUGUGGGGUGAUAAAGAUUCGCCAGUCAGGGGUUCAAAGACACUGGAGAGAACGGGAGACAGUUUUUCAGAAUGGACCUGGAGGCCUAAGGAGGCUGACAAGAAAACGCUACAUAGACCUUGAUGAGGCAGGUCCAGGCCCUGUCAAAAGCAAGUACGAUGCACUGGACUUUGACACUCUGCUGAAGGAGGCCCAGAAGUCCUUGCACCGCUGACGGCACAGCGCCCCUGACUGGCCAGCCUUAGUAAACUGCAGCAACACCCCUCCGACUACACGGCUCUGCCCUCAGACAGGCCUCUCAGUACCUCCAUGCAAGGCAACCUCGCAAAAUGUUUACAUUUUUACCAUUGGAAUAAAGUAACGAUACGGACCUUGUUGUUUUUUAAGUUUCUUUCACCGGAGGAUACUGCUUAAAAAUGAGGAAGCCACUGGGAGUCCAAUGAAUUAACAGACAAUGGAGGAAAUAGGACUUUUAACAGCAAUGGUACAACUACAAACGAUAAUGACACAGUUCUCUGCUGAACAACAAUAACAACAAAGCUGCUUCCUGUCUGUGUUGGUGACAUCAUCACCCCGCCUUGGAAGCACGGGUGUGAGAGACCUCUGUAGCAAAUCCUUGCUAUCCCUGCGUUACGUUGGUCUUCGUGGUGUGUGUUUCUGCGUGUGCGUGUUCUUUGUUCUGUUUGUUUUGUAAGAAAAAAAGAAAAAACCUCCCUCUUUCUGGCCACGGGUGGUGAACCUGCAAGCUGUGUUCGCCAUGUUGUGUGGUCGUGUAACCAUGAAAAAAAAAAUAACCCUGCUUUGUUUUAGCGAAAAAUUGUGGAUGUUAUAAAUUUUAAAAUCUAUUGUGUGUGUGUUAUGGACAAAGAAUAUAACAAAAAACCAUUUAACGUAAUCAUCUGAUGACUGAAGUUUACAAAUCUAAAAUGAAGAAGAAAAAAAUCAUGUUUUUUUCUUUUUUGUAAUUGUAGUGCUUCCUUGAUUUGAUCUAUGCACUGUAAGGAGGUAAAUGUCUCCGCUGUCCUCCACUUUCCCCCUUUGACUCUAAUCUAUAACUCUGCCAUACUGACAAUUUUGGCUUCUGCUACUGGCUGCUGCAGGCUCUGUUUGAUAGGCGCUUUGUUCAUUAAGACCCCAACUUGGAUUUGGGAAAAAUUUUACCUCAAAAUUGUUUCCAGCCAAUUCACACUAAAGUGGUUAAUGCAAAAGCACUUAUCUUAAAUGGUGAACAUGUGAAUUGGCCAAAAUAGGCUAAAAUAAGAUUAUUUGGAUAAUUAUUUGAUAAUUAUUAUCCUAUUGCCAAUAGGUCAUGAAGAAGUUCAAAAAAUAUUUACUGCUUGGGUUGAAUAAAAUCCUUUAGGUUAUUGGCUAGUGUUAGAAAUAAGGGUUAGGACUGGAUUAAAAUAGGAGUUGGGUCAGGAUUGGGAUAAAGUCAGGGUUACAGUUACAGGAAUGAUAAACCAAUGCUGAACUAGCCAAUAAAACAUCAGCAGUUUGGUGCUGUUGGAUACUGUUCAUUAAAGAGAUGUUCUUUUGGUCAAAUUUCUUCAGUCCUUGAAACUUUAAACCAAACAAUUAAUUGUGCUUCAUUGGUAAAUUUCUUCCACAUCUAGAUGGGUCUUGAUGUAUCUUCGAUAGGGUCCCACUGAACAUGUGUCCAAUAAAGGCUGCAGCCUAAUGACACCCCCUGAAUGCCACAGCCAAUGCAACAGUUACUGUUUACAUUUGGACUGCAGCAAGUAGAACUAAAAUGGGGAAAUAAAGAUGGUAGCCAUUGGUGUUUUAUACCAUACGUGGCAUGAAUUCAUCACAUCUGCACUUUGUCCAGACCAUCCCAGUCUAAUCUUUCCCAUAGAGUUUAGUCAUUACAGUGCAUGAAUCCUUUUUAUUCUCUAACAUUGGCGUUUAAAGUUGGGUUUCAGUACGAACCAAUUUGAGCCCCAUAAUCCAGCCACAGCUAGACAUAGAUGAAUCUGUUGGUUCAAAUGGAAUGUAUUAAAGAAUCUGAAUGUAAUCAUCAAGUUUUCCCCAUUUCUGCUUGCCCAAAGAUUGUGGAGCUUUUUGGUGCUUUAAAGGUAGACUUGCUUAGUCAUCCAGGUGAAUGCAUGAGACCGACUCUAGCUUGAAGUGCAGUCUGGGUAGCGCCUAAUUUACAUUCCCCACACAGCCAGUAGCACCCACCGUCAAAAGGGAGAGAGCCUCCAAGCCUGCCAAUCUGGUGGCACCAAACCGCCGCCUAAAACACAGCCAGGGAAUGAGCAAGGGAUGGGCUUGAAAGUAAUGAAAAGAGCAAUUGGCCGAGAAUCCUAUUUCUCGUCCGGGAGGUACUGUAUCAGCUGAGCAUCUCUACCUCACAUCCAUCCAUCCUUGCUCCCCCUGUCUUUUUAUUUCCUUGAUCUACUGGAUGCUCUCCUCCCCUUCUCUUUUAUAAGUCUCUCACUCUUUGUUUUGUUUUUCUUUGUCGGAAAUGUUCUCUGUGUGAGGUUUUCCCCAACUGAUGGGUGGUAAUAGGUAGUAUGGGGGGUUUGUGUUUGAUUUUUUUAUACUAUGACUCCUCCUACCACUAGGUCCCUUGUAAGGGGAAUAUCUCUAUCUUUCUCUAACUCUAUCCUUCGCUUGCCUCAUAACGGUUUUAAGCGUGUCCGUUUUUUGGAGUCUCAAUCGUGUGUCCUUGUGAGUGUUUUGUCUUUGUCUCGUGUUUGAGUCGGACACUGCUGACGCUUGCGGGUUGGUGAGGAGGGGUCAGGAGGGGUUGAACGGCGGCUCUGUGGUUGGUUGGUCCUUGAACGCGCUUGGAGGAGACGAUUCCCAGUCUUCUCUCCUUGCCCUCAUUUUCUUGUUUUCUUCAGGGAUACGCCAUUCCUCCUGAUUUCCCGUUCUUCCUCUCCUUGGCCAGGAAUUUCAAUAAAACGCAGCCCGACUCUUCCUCUAUCUUUAACGCUGUCGCUUUCUGACUCUGUGGGUUCAAGGCCUUGUUUUCAGGUCUUCUCCAAACCCUGGUAGACUCCCUCCCCUUUUUAACAAAUAAUCCCUCGUUCCCCAUCCUCUUCCUUGUUCUCUCUUUCUCUCUAUCUAAUCAACUCCUUGGUAACACACACAAAAAAAUUGAAUGUUUACAUCACUUGAUUCUCCUUUGACUUUAUUAGGAACGCACACUAAGUACAAAGGCGCCUUAUUCAGUGUUUUGAAAAAAUAACAGCAAGCGGCAUGGCCUAGAAGGACGGACUCUGUCCAGGCUCACCGAUGUCCAAAACUAACAAAAACAAUUUAGUGCUAUACAUACUGAUUAAGAAACAAGGUGUCAGGAAAAAACGGAAACAAAAAAAUAUAAAAUUGAAAUUGCAACAAAACUAAUCGCAAACAACUGAAUGAGUAUUUGUGCUUAGUAUGUAUACUACUAAAAAGUGAGAGAAUGUGCUGGUUUACAUAUUAAAAAAAGAAAAUAUAUUAUAUGAAUAUAUAAUGUGUAUAUAGCACUAUGCCUCGUUGUAAACAUAAAAUGUAUUGUGUGUUCUUUUUUUUUGGUGGCGGGUCACAGUUGAUUGCUAAUCAGACAGGAUACGGUCAGGUCGGUUUUGUUCCAGUGAAUAAAUGUCUGUUCAGUGCAGGGAGGAAAUGAAGGGAAAAAAAAUUACGUUUUAAAUGACUUCACCCAAAGUCCAACACUGUUGUAAAAGACAAAAAAGAUUCAAGUAUCCCUUUAGACUAUCACACUAGAAGGUUCUAUUUCUUUGAUGUUUUGAGAUGACUAAAUAUUUUUGAUGAUUUUUUUCUGUUUCUUAAAAAGCAAUUUGAGAUGCAAUACAUAAUAAUCUUAUCUUUAAGACAGCCUUUCUGAAAAACUGAGGUAAUAAUGUACAGUUUAUGGUUGGUUGUUGAACUACAACAUGGGCAAUCUUUGAGCUGCAGAUUCAAUAGGCUGCUGUACUGUAUGUAGACUGCUGUUAGACACAAAAAACAUAAAAACUAAUUACAGGAAGAAUGUGGUCAGUCGCGUUGUAAACACAUAACACAUAUACAAAACAAAUCGUACUAAUAUACUCUUGCACAAAUAACGUCCCAAGUAGUGAAAUAUCUUCACAAUAUUUUCUUCUCAUUGAAAGGAAGCUGUUGUAACUGUUAUUACCACAUUUUGAUGGUGCACAGGUUUGUUAAAGAAAGUGCUGUUGCAUUGAACACUUGUAUUACAGUAUCAGCUAAUAACUAUACAUGUAUGACUCUGGUUAAGGAAUGUGGAAGGGAGGAAAAGAAAAAAAAAAGGAAGUUGAUGCUGGUUUGACCCCGUUAAAUAUUUUCUGACGACUUGAUACAGAUGAGGUAGACACUGUAGAAAUCCCAAUUUCACUACUGCACCUUUAUCCCAUAAAGGAACUAUUUGGAUUAAAUUAAUUGCAUUAAAUAUGAAGUUACAGACCUGUAUAAUCAUCCAAGUUGCUCAAACCUUCAAACCCAUAUGGAAAGUGUUUUUCCUGCUGAUGACCAAAAUGCUUUUAGUUAACAAAUCUAAACUGUUAGCUAACCUUAGACUUAGACAGACUUAGACAGACUUUAUUGAUCCCUUGGGAUGAAUCCCUCAGGGAAAUUAAAUCUUCACACAAUAAACAGUUUCUACAUGUAACAAUGUAAAAUUUAGACUUUGGCUUAUUUGAGGUAAUCUUGAGACUUCAGCAUGUGGUGGGAUUUCUACAGCGGCUGCCACUGUGCCUGUGAGGGUGCCUCCAUUGUUAUAGAGGUGGAUGACAUCGUAAUGACCCCAUUUUUCAUCAUGGCAAGCCUUAAAAAUCAAAUCGGGGAGAAAAUAAAGCUACCACUAGCUUUUAUUAUUACCGUUUCAACUCCUUUCCAAUCCAAUGUGGUUUAUUAUUAAAUAAUUACUGACGUAAUUAAAACUUUUUUCAAUAGCCAUAUUAUAAAAAGGUAUAUACAUAUAUAUGAAUAUAUAUUUGUGUGUUUGUGUAGAUAUCUAGAUGAUUAUAUACUUUCUUAUAGAAAACUUUGAUGUUGACCAUUCUCCUCAGUGUUUUGAGAACACGUUGACACAUUUCAACAUAAUAACCGCUGUCUGCUUGGUCUAGGUCCUAGGUCAAUGGGCAACAAAUCCAAAUAAUAAAAAAAAAGUUUAAAAAAAAAACCUCCAAAGGGAAUUACCCUCAUCAGAAUGCAAUACCUUUCUUUCCACUAUUCAUUUCAGAAAAAUGGAAAAUGGCAAGAAAACCAUAAAACUUGAUAGGCGAGUUGACCAAAAAGAAAAAAAAAAAAAAACACUUCAACAAUAAAAAGCGUGGCUCAUGACGGCUCGAGAAAAAUGGCAUUUUUCAGCAGCCGCGUCAGAUUCAGUUUUAUUGAUGUCAUGUUUCCAAUGCCAUGGCCCACUACAAACACUUCCUUGUUUUUAUGUCACUUAACAGUCUCUUUUAGUUCAGAAAAACAAUGUAUCUGUCAGCUAGCUACACCAUCAAAUUAGCCCCUACCAGGACAGGAGUGUUUGCAAUACCGGCCCAACUCUGGCCUCAGAUUCCACUUCCAUGUUUGAUAAAUAAAUGAUUGUGUCGCAUUUCAGCAUCAACAGUUGUACAACACACAGAAACUAAUGGGUAAUCUGUCAAACUUGAUGGCAACAGUUAUGUCAAAUAGGCACUUAAGUAGGGACUGCAAACUGUCAAAAUAGGCUAAAUGUGAGCGGGUAUUUUUUUGGUGGAAGAAAAUACUUUGACAUAAGGGCAUACAUUGUUUUUGUUGUUUUUCAUUACUAUUGAUUUCAUUGUCUAUUUACAUCUAAUGACUAUCAAAUUCACAUAAAUGAUUUGUUUUUCUUUUUUAACUUAGUUUUUGGUAAAACAAAAAAAAGGUAAAUACUGCUAGUGAGAUUUUAUAUUUUUACAUAUGUUGGUUUUAUUUUGCGUUUCUUCUUUUUUUUAUUUAUACGCCACUUAGUUUGGAUGUCUUUAAAUUUGUGUUUUUUUUUCUUUUCUUCGUUUUGUGUGAUUUCAUAUGUCUUGAGAAUGUGGAGACAAAGGCAUUUCAGUAUUUUUGAAUUGUUAAAAUCUAGUUUCAUAGAAGCGGAAGUAUCUGAUGUUAUAAAUUAUAUUUUAAUUCAUGUAAAUAGUUUAAAACAGAAGACUAUGGCUUCCUUUUAAAAUGAAUACAUUUCUCGUCAGAGAUUGUUUACAUUAUGAAACUGUAGAGAUGUGCUCCUCAUAUACUGUAUAAAGUACAUAUAUUCAUUGAUUUGCCUCCAAAAAAUAAAAUCCUAAUGAACAGCA